AUCGAUCACCCUCACCUUGGCCCUUCCAGGUUCAUUCCAAUUUCAUUGAAUUUCCUAUCCAAUUUCAUUGAACGGGGCUUAACAUUGAAAUCUAAUUGACUUUUCCUGCAGUUUUGGCAAGAGAAGGAUAAAGUAGCUUAUCUUGUGAGACAAUACUUCUUGAAUAAUCUACAUGGGGAAGAAGAAGAAAGCAAUAGAGUAGAAGAAGAAAGAUGGCGAGGUACGAUAGGGCCAUUACAGUUUUUUCUCCCGACAACCAGCUCUUCCAGGUUGAGUACGCCCUCGAAGCCGUGUGAAAUGGUAACGCCGCUGUCGGCAUCCGUGGUACUGACACCAUCGUUCUUGGCGUCGAGAAGAAGUCCACUGCUAAGCUUCAGGACUCCAGGGAAUUAUAACAUAUACAUACUCAUAUAUAUCUUCCACUUUCGCUGUGACAUGCACUCAGAACUGGAGCCUGGAGCCUCAAGUCUGAAGCCUGAAGAGAGCAAAGCUAAAGCAGUCGUAAAAUGGAGAGUAGUGAAGGAGAAGAGGUUUCCUAUCAUUAAAGGCAUCACUCCCCAGUCCAAAGUUAACUCUUUUUACCAAUCCCACACCGAAAAUGUUUGCUCCAUCCCCUGAUCCAUCACUAAGUAUCGAGUUUUAUGAUCAAACUCCAAAGCAACAAUCAGUCCUAGGGUAUGUUGUUGACUCAUCACAAAUAGG